AUGGUACACCAGGUCUUGGAACAUAUCCCCCAUGGAUAUGGGGGUCCAACACACACACACAUAUACAUACAUACAUACUGUCUUAAUCAGUGGUGUACUGUACUCUUCAUACUGUCUUGUAUUUUGGUUUCAGUUUUGCCACCAGUGUUAGUUCCUCGGCACUCAGAGUUUGCCCCAGGCCACUCUCUCCUGACGUUCCAACAGCAGCUGCCAGAACCAAUGCCCAAUAAUGUCUCGUUCUCGCAAAAUGGCUUUGUCCAUUCAUCAGUCAGUGGAGCAUCACAUUCACAAAUUGGUUGUGGGAAUCUGAGUGGUAUCAACCAGCCUCCUUCACCAGUCGGAAGUGUUGUCAGCCCUACCAGCCAGAGUCCACACAGUCCAUAUGGGAGUAUCACAAGUGGAGGAAGUUUAAGUGGGCUGAACCAGCCUCCUUCUCCAGUGGUCAGCCCAGCCAGCCAGUCUCCGCACAGCCCUUAUGGCAGUAUCCCGGCAGAUACUCCGCCACCAAUAUAUACUCCUCCAAGUGAAGACAUAAAACAGACGCAACCUGCAGAUACAACUAUGGAAAUUGUUCCUGUUGGCACUAUUAUUAACCCAAAUGUUACUCCUGUUACAUACCAGGAACCUGCUUUUUGGUCAAGUAUAGCAUAUUACGAACUGAAUAAUAGAGUCGGAGAAGUAUUUCAUGCCCAAACACAUUCAGUCAUCGUUGAUGGCUUCACAGAUCCAAGCAACAAUUCAGAGAGAUUUUGCUUAGGUUUACUCUCUAAUGUUAAUCGCAAUUCUACUAUAGAAAACACAAGAAGACACAUUGGUAAAGGAGUCCAUCUAUAUUAUGUUGGUGGGGAAGUGUAUGCAGAAUGUUUGUCCGACUCGGCUAUCUUCGUCCAGUCUCGCAAUUGUAACCACCACCAUGGCUUCCAUCCAUCUACUGUGUGUAAAAUUCCUCCUGGAUGUUCACUCAAGAUCUUUAAUAAUCAGGAGUUUGCCCAGCUCCUCUCCCAGAGUGUCAACCAUGGCUACGAAGCAGUGUUUGAUCUUACUAAAAUGUGUACAAUCAGGUAUGAAAUGUCUGUCAGUAUUGUAUAUUUUUAAGAACAUUUUGAUGUUUUGUGAAGGCAGUAGUAGAACAUGACUUCAAAUACAUGUAGUAAAUUUGUGGAGAUAAUGGUAUAAUGUUUGAAAUGUAUACUAAUUAAGUUUUAGAAUCCGUGUUGGUUAAAUACAUGGUAUGUGUAAUGGACAAAAGAGGGAAUUUUAAGAGGGA